UACUCAAUAACCGCGUUCGUGACAUUCAAAGUUAUUUUUACGCUUUUAACGUCUUUCGAAGAGCGCCUUUGAUAUAGGUUAAACUUAAACGACGAAUAUUAGACCUCCUUAUACACCCGUCGAAGAGAGAUAAAACGAGCGGCAAAACCUUCAUUUUUCCAGCGAGCUAUCGGCAAACGCAGUGAAAAAAACUUCGAGUCGUCGAUAAAUAAAUACAAUAAUAGAAACUUGUUACUACAAUGUAAACAUCAACAACGAGUGCACUCGCUCCUCCGCACACGAUUUUCAUCAAUACAAAGAGAAUCGACGUAUAAAGUGUAUCGCGAGAAAAAAAUCAGACAUUCAAAUGCGCGGCCGACUCGACUUUUCCCCCGCACAACGCGAUAACCAUUGAUUAAUUCUCGCGCGAUUUCGUAAUCUCAAUUAAUUGAUCCCGUGUAUAUUUUUCGCUGCUGAAUCAUCGGCCAGUCGCCGUGUAUAAUAGGUAGGUAUAAGCGUCUACGUCUCAUAAACAUCAAAACAAGGCUCUCUUGAGAAAAACCCAAAAUUCUCUUGCGUCUGCAACGCACGAUGUGUAUUUUCACCGCUGGAAAACGGAUAUGCGCAUACAAGUGUAGUUGCACCCGCAGACGCACGUCACUGAGUGAAAUCGAGCAUAAAAGAGCGAAGAGAGAGAAGGAGAUAACAAUGCGUCUGCUGCCAGUGACACAUAGGACGGAAUAUCGUGCGGACACACGAAACGUCGACGACGAUGAGGAAGAGUAAAAAAAUAAUCAUAAUAGAAUGAACUGCUGCGACUGUAUGUAUAUACAUAUAUAGACAGUGGGGGAGGUGAGGUCGAGUAGAGAGGAGACACAACGAAAGAGGUUCGUCGAAGUUCGUUACUCACCGCAUGAUGGCGCGGGCGUAAUUUUCACUUCACUUUUUGACCAGAAGAGUACGCUAUAGCGGUCCGCGUUGUCUGCUGCAAAAAAUUCUUGUAUCGAACUUGCGAGAGGGCGUAGGAGUGCGAAGCGGAUAACUUGCGGAACAAAAAUGGCUACCCCUGUGCAGACAGUUACUCGCCAAGUCAGACCACUUUUAUCGUUAAAUCAAUCGGAAGCUCGAAGGAGGGUUUUUAAUUUGUACCGAGCAUGGGUCCGACAAAUACCUUUCAUCUUACAGGAUUAUGAAAUUCCAAAAAGUGACAAAGACUUAAAAGAGAAAAUCAGAGGAGAGUUUAUGAAGCACGCAAAUAUCAAAGAUAUCAGAGUUAUUGAUAUGCUUGUGAUCAAGGGACAAAUGGAGUUGAAGGAAGUGGCUGAAAGAUGGAAAAACAAGGGUACUCUUAUGUUUUACUUUAAAGAUACUGUUGAACCUAAACCUACUGAUUUUCUAUCGAAAUUUAUGUCUGGUCAUGAUCCUUGAAUCAAUAAAUAUGAAAUCUAGUUUAUGUUAUUGCUAGUAUUGCCAAACUUGUUUUAUUUUAUAAAAGGUAUGUAAAAAUGUUACAAAACACGAAUAAAUGUAAAUUACAGGGAAACUUAAAA